CCUUAUAAGUUUUGCACAUACCUUAUGCCUUGUGCUUACUGAAUUUCUUUAAAAGAAUCUUCACUUCAAUAUAAUCUCCACUACAGCCUUAUACAUUUAUCAAUUAAAGAUUCAUGAUAAUGGCAUCAAAGUACCGUUUGAUUGUUAUUCCACCACCCCUUCAAGGCCACAUGACACCUAUGCUUCAAUUAGCCACCAUCCUUCACUCCAAAGGCUUCUCCAUCACCGUGGUACACACCAAAUUUAAUUCUCCUGACCCAACUAACCACCCUGAUUUUACUUUUGUAUCCUUCCAUGACGGUUUAUCCGAUUCAUACACCGUUUCUUCUAAGAACUUUAUUCAUAUUUCUUCAUACCUCAACACCAAUUGUGUCACACCACUUAAGGAGAUUUUGGUUAGGAUCAUUAAGGAAGAGAAAAUUUCAUGUGUUAUCUAUGAUGGUUUAAUGCACUUCAUUGAUUCUGUGGCUAGAGAACUCAACCUUCCUACCAUGCUCUUCAGAACUACAUGUGCUACUAAUUAUCUCUCUUACCAUUGGUUACCUACGUUACAAAGAAACGGAUAUCUUCCCUUACAAGAUUCUAGCUGUGUGUGUAUGGAGAUGGUGGAAGGACUUGAACCUCUACGAUUCAAAGAUUUACCAAUUUUUAAUUUGGGAGAAUCUGAAACAGAUAUCAUGGUGAAACAAGCAACUGAAUCACUCUCAGUAAAGCCAUCAUUAGGUGUCAUCUUCAACACUAUCGAAUUCCUCGAAUCUUCAUCGCUCCAAAAACUUCGGAACCUCUACAAAGUUGGUGUGUUUCCCAUAGGACCCUUACACAUGUGCAUGACGUCAUCAGAAACACAAGAGAAGAAUAAUAAUUGUUCAACAAGCCUCGUGAAAGAAGACUAUAGCUGCAUAACAUGGCUGAACGAACAAGAGCCACGUUCAGUUCUGUAUGUGAGUUUAGGAAGCAUAGCAAGUUGGGAAGAAAAAGAACUAAUCGAAGUGGCUUAUGGUUUAGCAAACAGCGAACAAAAGUUUCUAUGGGUGAUAAGACCAGAAACAAUAAAGUCGAUUCCGGAAGAAGUGAAAAGUGCGGCAAGAGAGAAGGGUAAAAUAAUAAAAUGGGCACCGCAGAAGGAAGUUCUGGCGCAUAGAGCAGUGGGAGGGUUCUGGAGCCACUGUGGAUGGAACUCGACGUUAGAAAGCGUGUGUUUUGGGGUUCCGAUGAUGUGUCAGCCGUACUUUGGGGACCAAAGAGUGAACGCGAGGUUGGUGAGUGAUGUAUGGAAGGUGGGGAUAGAGUGCUCAGAGAUGAGGAUAAGAAAGGAUGAGGUGGAAGGUGCGGUGAGGAGGAUGAUGGUAAGUGAAGAAGGAAAGUUGAUGAGGGAGAGAGCGGUGUUGAUGAAGGAUAAAAUUAGGGUAGGUAUUAGAGAUGAAGAUGCUUUAAAUAAGCUUGUUCAUACUAUCAUAAUGUCUUCUUCUAAUUCUUCUACACCACACAAUAAUCAUAACUCGUCAUAGUCAUAGCCUC